GCCGGCAGCAAGCUGACACAGCUGCCAACCACAACAAAGCUCGAAGAGCCUCAUGCAGCAGGAAGUCGCUCAUACCACCGCACUCCAAGCACGGCAUGUUGAUCCGGCGGAAACGACAGAACCAACUACAGAGGACCAGACUAAGUCAGCUCUCGCCAGCAUGAUGCACCAAGUCAUCCUCACUUGUAACUGGCAACAAGUGGAGCUGGCUCGGCAGGCACGUACCAUUACUGACUAUGAGGAGACUCUCAAGAGCCUCCAUGCCCGCCUUGACAUGCUGGAGAAGGAUGACGUGCUGCACAGGCACACGGCAUCGUCAAGCAUUGAUCCAUUGACCCGCGAGCUGGAAGGACAGCUGGAUCACCUAGUCACGCUUGUCGGCAACUUAAACAGUUUCCGACACCCGACGACCAUCAGGCAGCAAAUAGCCGCCCUACAAGCGGAUCUGUGUCAACUGCAGCAGCAACCAACUGGGACCUGCAACAACGUGACGCCAAAAGAAUUCAAGAUGCCGAAGUUCAGCAUCGACAAAUUCGAUGACUACCACAAGGCGGACCCCACCAGUUGCUGGCAAGGGUUCACCAAUGAGCUCUCCAUCCACUUGGUCCCACCCGAGUCGAAGAUCUCAGCGCUUUACCUCUGCAGCACAGGUGCCAGCCAAGUGUGGCUCAACCACCUGGCUCAAACCGAGGGCGUCGAAGUCUCUAAGCUUCACACCAAGAUCACUUGGGAGGCCAUGACUGGGAAGUGGCGGAAACGCUUCAUCGUCGACGACACUCGAGGCAAAGGCGUGAACCGGAUCUUCAGCAUGCAUCAAGGCAGCCAGCCCACACGCGAAUGGCUAACCGAGUGGCAGAAAAUCGUGACGACUCCGAAUUUGGACAUCCCAUUCGUACAUCUUCGUCGCAAAUUCUUCCAGUGGUCAGUGGACGCGUUGAGCACGGCCCUUGGGGAGUGCAGCUUGUACACGGACUUCGACCAGAUCGUGGAGAAGGCGUGUGAAGUCGUCCAAACCAAUCGGUGGGCAGCCAACAAGUGGCGAAGCCAACCUACUUUUGUGGAAAAGAGCAAAGGCCCGCGGCAGCAGCAAGUCGCUGCUGUCCAAGGAAAUGGACAAGAGAACGACCAGGCGAUGACUCACGAGUCUAGUGAAGGAGACAGAGUCAACGCCCUUCCGCCACGAUGCAACAACAACCACAACAAGAAGGCGGCGAAAUCUGCGUCAACAAGGAAGCCGGACAGCCGAAUGAGCCAUGGAAGAAGUUCAACCUCACGGAGGAGCAAUACAAACUCCGCCAGAGGUGGAGCUGUUGCUACUGGUGCAACAGCACCAAGCAUACGACGUUGCAAUGCCCUGAUAAAGGCAAAGAAGACGUUCGUCCACGACAAAGCUCUGGAAACUAAGCUUCGCGGGAAGUGAGGCGACUCCACUUCCUACUCCGCCGGACACGGUUGCCUUGCUAACAACCUCCUCCACGUCCGGGGAACAUGCGUAUGUC